AAAAUAAUAAUAUCAUUAGAAGCAUAAGCGACAACUUUACCUUGUUUUGGGCUUUGGGUAUGAAGGGGUUGGAAGCUUCAAGCUCCGGCGUCCGGCCGCCGGCGAAAAAGAGAAUCUUGGAAUCUCCGGCGAGUGCAGAAGCCUUAACUCAUGAUAUCCUUUUAAUCAUCUUCUCUUUUCUUGACUUUCUUGAUCUUCUUCACUGCUCUGCUGUCUGCAAAUCUUGGAACUGGGUGAUUAGUACAUCAAAAUUGUAUCAAAGUUUGUACUACAAGAAGAAGUGUCAAUCUAGAGGGGUUUUAGAGGAAUCUGGAAACCUGGAGAAAUUGUCGAAAAUGUUUUUAAAGGAGCUUGCUUUGGAUAGUCACAGAGCAUCUUUGGAGGAAGGGUCUGUUGAUGUAUAUCAGUGGAAAGGUCAUUCGACUAGGGUAAAUCAGUGUCGGAUGAAGAUGGGAUUGGUCCUAACUGGUGGAGAUGAUAAGGUGAUGCGUUUAUGGUCGGUAAAUAGUUACAAAUGUUUGGAGGAAUACUCUGUUCCAGAUAGAGCCCGUGUAAUUGAUUUUGACUUUGAUGAAAGCAAGAUUGUCAGUUUGGUAGGGACUAGUGUGGGCAUAUGGAGGCGGCAUGGGAAAAAAAGUAUAUUCUUAUCUCGUAAAGGAGAGAUUCCUAAAGCUUCUUGUAUGUGUUAUGUUGAUCCGGAGGCUGUGGUAGGAUGUGAAGACGGGAGAGCACGGUUUUUGGAUAUGUACAGUAGAAAAUGGUCUAAAAUUGUCAAGAUACAGGAUGGGCCUGUCACUUGCAUUUCGUUAAGUGAUAGUCAAAUGAUUGUCGGGGGUUCCUCCACCGGAAGUAUCACUGUAUCGGAUCUUUCAUCGGCUCAGCGAGUAGCUACACUGAAGUCAUAUGGUUCUGCAGGUUAUGUACUUGCAUCGGAUCUUUCAUCAGCUCAGCGAGUAGCUACACUGAAGUCAUAUGAUUCUGCAGGCAUUAGCACCUUGUGUGUCAACCCUAGUUCUCCGUUGAUAUUUUCUGGAUCAACAGCAGGCCAAGCAUUUUGUUGGGACCUCAGGACAAUGAGAUGUUUGUGGCGGACAAGGGCGAGUCCGAAUGUAAUAUACUCUAUGCAUCACCUGCGAGAUCACACAUCAACAUUAGUCAUGGGUGGAAUAGAUGGUGUAUUGCGCAUAGUAGAUGAAAUCAGUGGCAAGGUCCUUUCAGGCUGUAUCCUCGAUCAGAAUACUAGUGGAUCGGUAAGUACUGAAGCAUCAAAUAAGCUCUCCAGGAAAAAAGGAAGAAGAAUCGCAGAAGAUACCAAGCUAGAUCUUAUGCCCAAGACUUCAAGACCUUCUAUCAACUGUUUAGCUGUUGGAUUCCAGAAGGUUGUUACUACACAUGAUGACAACUACAUUAGAGUAUGGAAGUUCAAGAUUUAACUAGCUCUGUUCAAGAUUUAACUAGCUCUUUUGUAUAUAGACUUUUAUAUUUAGAAUUCUCUGUUUUCAUUUUUCAAAUAGCAAACUAGUUUUUUUUA